CAUCUCGCGCCGCGAUAGCAAUAAGCAUGGCUAUUCAGAACAGUUCACUAUCCAAAUUGCAGUCUUGUAAUGGUAUAUUUGCCAUUUAUAAGAAACAGGGACCCACCUCCGCAGAUGUGUUAAACACUCUGAAGAGAGCGCUUUUAAAGGAGGCAGGUGUUGCAAAUCCUAAUCCUCGCAAAAGGAACAAGCAACCUUUAAAAAUUGGCCAUGGUGGCACCCUGGACAGCAAUGCUUCUGGUGUGCUUGUAGUUGGAAUUGGUGAAGGAACGAAGAUGCUCACCACAAUGCUUGCAGGAUCAAAGAAAUACAGAGCUAUUGGAGAGUUAGGCAAAGCAACUGAUACUCUUGACGUCACAGGAAAUGUUGUUGAAGAAAAAAGUUAUGAUCACAUCACAAAAGAGGUUUUUGAGGAGAAGCUGAAGCAGUUUACGGGUGAAAUUAUGCAGGUUCCACCUCUAUAUUCAGCACUGAAGAAGGAUGGCAAGCGCAUGUCUGUCCUGCUCAAGCAAGGUCAAGAGGUUGAGGCUAAACCUGCACGUCCAGUUACAGUGUACAGUCUCUCUUUACAAGACUUCAGCCCGCCGUAUUUCACCAUAGAUGUUGAGUGUGGAGGUGGGUUUUAUGUGAGAAGCUUGGUUGAUGAUCUUGCAAAAGCUCUAUCAUCCUGUGCUCACAUCAAGGAACUCAGUCGGACCAAGCAGGGUCAGUUCACACUGGAAGAGCAUGCAUUGAAGGAGGAUCGCUGGACUUUGACAGAUAUCUCACAGGCUCUGCAGCCUUGCCCAAAGCCAUCAGGGCAACAGAAGAAUGCCAAGAAAGCAAAAUCAAAGCAUAUGCCCACCCCAUCUGAAUCUAAGGGUGACAAUGGAAAUACAAACAAUUAAAGGCCUGUCUGAUGAACAAAUUACAUUCUCACUGAAAGAACUGUAGGAAACUGCAGUGUUAUUGUGACAAAACAUGACUUGGCACUGUUAUUAUUUGUGUAAGCCCAAACGUGCUGUAGGUAGUGGGCUUUUGUGUUCUUUGUUUUUUUUGUUUUUUUUUAAUUAAACAUUGACAGGCUAUUAAAGUUGAUUAUAAAUUAUUAAUGCAUUUUGAUUUCACUUAAUGAUAAAGAAAAAAUAUGCUUGAAAAUAUAAUUAUUUUGGUUUGUUAAUAAAUACAGUACCUAUUUCAUUUAA